AAGUACCCAGUCAAGCGUUCCUGUUAACGGACACGGACUUGUUUACUAUAAAAUGUGUAUGGAGUAGAUAUGGCUCACAAAUAUAAGCUUACAUAUUUAGGUGUAAGGGGGAGAGGCGAGUCUACUAUGAUGCUGCUAGCAGCACAUGGCGAGGAGUACGAAGACUACAGAGUUGACCUGGACAAAGCACAAGAAGAAACAAGGAAAUCCCCACAAGGAACUUUACCGUAUUUGACAAUUGAUGGGAACACAACAGUGGCACAAUGGAUGGCAAUAAAUAGAUACUUUGCAAGAGAAUUCUCUAUGUAUGGGCAAACCAACUUAGAGGCUUUAUUUAUUGACGAGAUAGUGGAUACAUGUGUUACAUUGCUUGAGCAGGCAGAAAAGGCGUCCGCCAUUAGAGAUGAGAAUAAGAAGAAAGAGGCAGUGAAAACCUUUACUCAUGAGAUAGCACAUAAGUAUCUAAGAUUUCUAGAAUCUUCAAUAGUAUCACGAGUAGGGGAAAAAGAGACUGGAUUCGCCGUUGGGUCAAAACUCUCCCUUGCCGAUAUAAUGAUAUUUAAUGUAAUAGAGACCGGGCGCCUUGAAGGAGAAUUAGUGGAGUAUCCCAGAGUGACGGUCAGCAGAGAAAAGGUGUUAGAAAAUGAACGGAUUGCAAUGUGGCUGAAAAUAAGACCAUAGUUGGGUGUGGACAAUAACUAGUCAUUCCAAUGAAUCCUAUGUACAAUUACAGCAAUAUUUAAACUUUUCACAUUUCAAAUACUAUAAAAAGAAAAAGUUUCUCUACUAAAUGUUGUCUGUCAACGAAUGUCCCCACCUGGGAAAGACAGAACAACUAUUUUCCAGUGGAGCUCUAGACAUGUGUUGUAUUUACCUCCCAGGCGUCCUAUCUAGACCGAAACUGCUGGAAACAGUGCUAGUUUCAGUUACCUCCAUUACUGAAUAGUACCCUGGAUAUUAAUCACGACCAUUACGUCACUAACUGUAUAUGAAAAAUCUGAAAGUGGAAGUUCUUACAUAUCAGUUACAGGAACAGACCAGAUUUGAAUAACUUGAUUCUUCGUAUAGAUAUAUUGCUUAUAUUAAGUUUUUUAUAGGCUGGUCAUUUUAAAUUCUGGGGCUGAACUAAUUCCAACAUAAACUUUCUGGUGUGGAAUAAGUAGUAUGUAAGGAAAUGAAACAUAGAAAAAAAGUCCUCAAAAAUAUCAAAGCACAUUUUUUAGAUAUUGCAUCUGUAAUUCUGAAGUAACGUCUACAUCUAAUUCUCUCCGCCCACAGGCGCGGGGUAUUUGUGAUGGCCUUUUGUGAGUGCUGUGUAUGUUGUAAAUCGCUGCAAACUACUUAAUCUAUGAUUGACACGUUGCUCUAGGUCAACCAUUUAAUGCUUGACAACCGAUCGGUUUGUAAAAUUUCAAAUUUUUAUUUUUAAUGUCUGAUCUGGCCCAUAAUAAUAGCUCGGAUUUAACAACACAAACGAGAAAAUUAUGUUUCACUAGAAAAAAAACAAGCAGGAAAGAAAUCAAAGAGCAGAAAAAAAAGCAAUUUGUGUCGGACAUCACGUGGAAAAUUCCUUUCGUUUUCAGUUUGAUGAAUGCGCCAGAAAGAAGGUUUCCUUUUUCGUGUGUAAUAAUUUUAUUUUUAUCUUAUUUUAAAUAUUGAUUUAUUAUAUUGUAGGCAUUGAUAUUUGCCACAUUUAUUUCAUAUGAUAGGGGUAUAUGCCUUUUAUUCCAACCGAAAUUCCGGAUACUGCUUUGUACAUGCAUGUAAAGUUAAUUUAUGAUAAUUUUUAAACCCACUUUAUUAUGUUACUUUUAUUGGUAUCUAUAUAUGUAUAUAAGUAAGUUUUAUACUACUACUUCUGUAUAAACAUUUGUUAAGGAUUGUUGUAUGCUGUGUAUCGUGUUGUUAAAAUGUCGUUGUUUCUAUGUAUUAAGUUUGCAACUCCCUCUGCAAUUUCUUAAAGGUACAAGGCUCCGUCAUCUUAAUGUCUUGAACAAACAUCCGUAAAAAGUGUCUUAUAUUUUUAGUUUUAUACUUUGAUUAUUUUAUUCUUAAGUUUAGUAUUUAUGUGUUUAAUAUUUGAUAAGCAUAACUAUAGUCAUUUUUUUUACAAAUGCCACCUAAUAAUGAGGCAAAAACUGGCGUUUGACCCAAGGUGACUUGCAUUUUAAUGUAUCCUUGCUCUAUUAUCUCAGUGUAGGUUUCGUACAGGCUGACCUUUAGCAAUAUCAUAACAAUGGUCUUUCUUGAGAGGCGACUGAUUGAACAACAUUGAAUGUUUGUCCUUCCAAAAUACCAGCUGAUCAGUACAUUACUGUAUAUAGUGGUAACUAUGUUUCUAGUAGUGAACUGUCUAGUCAGUAUUCAUUGCUGUGUAUUCAUAAGCUGUUCUAGGAGGUUAAGAAAACAACAACAAUACCCUCUUAGUAAAUACACCAACGUAAUCGUCAACAUAUAACACUUGGUUUAUAAUUUUCUUGUUCCUUUUAAACUGUAAGUUUCACGUCUCUGGGCGGGAUAAAAUGAUGUUUGUUGUGUUUCAUUCAUUGUACAUCUUAGUCCUUCCUCAUCAUUAACUUUAAAGUAUCAUAUCAGAAUAAUUAUCAGAAUAAUGGUCUUGAUAACAUCUGAGCUAAGUUUGAAACUCAGUCAUUUCGGAUGAACAACUACGUAAGUCUGAAUUUAAGCACUACCUUGUGUAUGCAAUACAUUUCAUUCUAUAUACCGAAACUUAGAUGUCGAUUUCGCAUAUAUGGGUCAUAAUCAAUAAUUAGGUCACUAAAUACAACAAUAAAAUCCUGCUCACACUACAAAGGCAAUGUUUUUCUCCAACAUUCAUGAAACCCAUUCAGACUGUCUGUUUGCCUAGGGUCUACAACAAAGACACCAUUAUCGUUAUAUCAUCUCCUGUUCUAUCAGUACUAUGUACACUGCUUUGUUUAGCGCGGAGUUUCCUUUUGCUGCAUCUUGCAGCAACUUUCUACUUGUACAUAUUGUGGCUGUUACUGUGGAUCAUAUGAGUCACGUCAUGAGAAAACCAACAUAGUGGCUAUGCGACCAGCAUGGAUCCAGACCAGCCUGCGCAUCCACGCAGUCUGGUCAGGAUCCAUGCUGUUCGCUUUCAAAGCCUAUUGGAAUUUGAGAAACUGUUAGCGAACAGCAUGGAUCCUGACCAGACUGCGCGGAUGCGCAGGCUGGUCUGAAUCCAUGCUGGUCGCAAAGCCACUAUGUUGAUUUUCUCAUGACGUGGCUCAUAUGCUCUAUUGUUCUACUACUGGUAUACUACAGCAAAAAUGCGUUCUUUUAGUAUCAAUCAAAAAGAUAUAUUAAGAUCUCUAGCACUUACUGGUAGCCUACCUUUAGUAUUUUACCAUCUUGGUCAUAAAACGUUGGUGUGUAAAGUAUUCAGAACAGAGUUUCUAACCAAAUUUAUACAUACAUAUUUCUAAAACAGACUUGUCGGCAUUGGAGUUAAAAGGUUUAAACACCAAACAUGUGAAUCUCAAUGUCAGAAACAAAACAUUCAUAGGGGAUUCGUGAAACAAAAAUGUAUUCACAAUGUUACUGCAGAUGGGUGGGUACUUGAUAAUAUCAAUAUUUGCUCGAAAUUCAUAAACAGUUACGAUAAUUAAUUAUGCUUCAUGAACUGCUUUAUUAUGUCAUGCAUGCAUGUGAAUAAAGAAAUGAUACUAAUAUUUUGUUUAACCUUUACCCUGCCAAAUUUCUAAAAUGGACUUGUCCAUCAUUAAAUUUUGGCAAAACCAUUUAUUAUUUGAAGGGUUUUUUGCUGAAUAUUUACUGACUGAAUAGCGAACAGUGCAGACCAUGAUCUGCACUGGUCGCAAAGGCAAAAAUAUUCGCCGCCAGCAGGCUAAACGUUAAUUGAUUUUAUUGUCUAUAAAUUUGCAAUAUUUUGUGAAAUUAAAAUCUGAAGGAAGCUGCCCUUAAAUAUUACCUAAUUUUCAGAGUUAGAGGUGUUAGUGACAGAUGCAGACAAAGAUUGGAGAUUUUUUUUAUUUUAAAAUAUAUAGAUAUAUAGCUCUUAUUAGAGUUAAUGUAUGAUAAAAAGAAAAGAAAAUAUAGCGUUCACCAACGCUGUCCCUCUUUCGGAAAAUAGCUUUAGUGUUGAAAAGCUAUAAAAUCUUAAUGAAAACGGUUAAAGUAGUGAUAUGAUGAAGUGUAUUAUGAAUGAUAUCGGAAUAUCUCAAAUAUUUGAAUCAGAAACAAUUACUGACCUCAAGCAAAAAAUUUAAUACGAGACAAUUAUGCGGAAAAAUGGUUAUAGGGAAUUCAAAACGUCCGGAUGCUACGGAUUUACAGAACAUUCAAACACAAGAUCAGAUGUGAAGACUAUCUAAGUAUUAACUUUAAAAAGUACGAACGUUCGAUGCUGUGUCAAUUUCGAUGUGGUAUAUUGCCUAUACGUACAGAGACUGGUUGAUAUGUUGGUGAAACGCCAGAACAGACUUUGUAGGUUUUGCACACAAAAUGUACUGGAAAGCACAACGCACUUUUUGCUAGACUGUGACUUUUUUGUGAUAUAAGAAACUCUAUUUAUGGAGAUAUUUUAACCAGUAAUGAUUUCCGUUAUCUCUCGAUAAUAGAAAAAAAAUUGUAUAUUGGAGCACAUGUAAUUAAAAACAAUAAGAAUUCCAGUACAUUCAAAAUAGAUAAUUGAAGACAGUGAUCAAGGGGAAAUAAGCAAGUUUGCUGCAUUCUUAUUUCAAAUUUAUUAAUCUCCCAUUUCACUAGUACAAAAGCUAAUGUCCCUACUUGAUAGCUGAAACAGCUUACAUGAUACAGUUUUCUACAUUGCUACAGUGGCCUGCAGUGGCUUACUGUAGUGUUCUGUAUGACUACAGUGACAUGCAAUGACUCACACUAUUCUAAAAGGGCUACAGUGUUCACUACAGUUUUCUGUAUAACUGCAAUUGCCUGCAAUGUUCGAAAAACGACGUGUGUCAGCGGGACAGUGGUGAUAAAAGUAUGUCAACUGGACGGCCUGGAAUAUAACGUGUGUUAGCUGGAUGGUGAAAUCAAACACGUGUCACCUGGACGGUAGGAAUAGAAGAGGGAUAACCAGCUGUGAUAUAUUACGUGCCAGCCGAAGAGAUAUAUAGAUAAAUAGAUUUAAAUAGAUUUAUUUCGGCAAAGGAUAUCAUUUACAUGAUUAACAAACACAAUAAGCAUCAUUAAAUAUUAUAUUAUGCAAAAGAAAACCAUGGCAUACUCCGAAUACCAUUGAUAACACAAUAAAGAUCAAACUCUUA